UUGUCUAUUCUCAUACAACAAAAUUUAUGUUACCACAACUCUACUUCUUGUCAAUUCUGCCAAAGUAACAAUAUAAAACCAAAAGCGAGCAAGUCAUCGGCGUUUUCAUGGAAUGUCUUGUAUAGUUGAAUAGAAAAAUAAAAUAAUUUCUAAAUAUGUCCACCAAUAAGGAGGAGACUUUGAGACAGUUUUGUGAUGUUACUGGCGCGGAUGAGGGUCGCAGCAAGUUUUUUCUGGAGUCGUCUAACUGGCAGUUAGACGUAGCACUAUCCAGUUUCUAUGAGCACGGAGGUAACGCAGACGAGGCUCCGUCCAACCCAGCGGCUGCCGCAUCGUCCCUGCCGACUCUGUCAGACAGUGACAUGGAGUCACCUCCUGGGUCACCACUAGCUGCCCAGAAGAAAGACAAGAAGAAAGCGCCGAGCUCAAAGUUUGCUACGCUUGACUCCUUGCAACAGGAGAGCUCUAGUGAUGAAGAAGAAGGUUUUUGUAAAGCAGUAAGAUCAAACGCCAGUUGGUUUAGGAAGCAAAUACAACUGAAAUUACAUCAGUACAUAUGCGAGAGAACUUCAUUUUCCAAUGCCGUAGUAAAGACAACGAUGCCUCCGUCAAAUGACGCUUCAACACAGGCCGUGCACGAUGUAAUGUCGGAAGGUUCUGAGUAUUCACUCGAGCUAAAUAAGCUGAAAAAAGAAGUGGAGAGAUUGUUGUAUGAGAAUAGUGCGUUGAGAAAAGAGAUUGCAAGAUUGCAAGGGGAGGAACCUCCUGAUGCCGGUGAGGCAGGUCAAGCCUUCUAUGCCGGUGGAUCGGAGCGCUCUGGACAGCAGAUCCUGGGCCCAUCCAAGGGCGGGAGAAAGGAUAUAGUCACUGAGGUCUUCAAAAGCGUUCGAGAGCGUGGUGCCGUCGUAUUUGAAGAUGAGCCGUCGUCUACUAGCCGAGGACGUUCUGCAUUCAGCGGUGUUGGAUAUAGACUUGGUCAAACGGCUGAUGACCAUGAGCCUGCAUCAGCUGGCGGCAACCAGCAGCAACAAACUGAUCAGCCGCGUUCAGUGAGACUGCGACUGUACCGCGAGGGCUUCACAGUGGACUCCGGCCCACUGCGACACUACACCGACCCUGACCACGCUGACUUCCUCAACUGUAUACGUAGGGGUGAGAUUCCCCCCGAGCUAUCCGGCACUGGCGGCGAGGUCCGUGUAUCUCUAGAGGACCGGCGACAUGAGGAGUGUCCCCGACACAUCGCUAAACCGCAACCAUUCUCCGGGAAGGGACAUCUACUGGGCAGCCCAACUCCUCCUACAGUAGGAGCUACGGCGCCAGUAGCGGGUGACGUGGCUGACCGCGCCGCCAACCAGCGCGCCGCGCAGGAAGCUAUCAAGAUUGAUGAUUCAGCACCUGUUACUACUAUACAGUUCCGCCUUGCGGACGGCAGUCGUCUGACGGGUCGGUUCAACCACACGCAUACAGUGGGCGACCUACACGCGUACGUGUCUCGCGCGGAGCCCUCGUACCAGCUGCAGGCCUUCGCCCUCCUCACGACGUUCCCCAGCAGAGAGCUCGCUGACCACGCUGCCACGCUCGCACAGGCCAACAUUCUCAACACUACGCUUCUCCAGCGGCUCAAAUAAAUCCAAAACCUAACGGGAUAAGGUCCAUUCUCGGUUGGCGGUGCCCGUUCUUCGAUAUCCUAGUGAGAAGUUUGCGCAGGUUUGCGCAACGCCAAUAGAAAGUUGUUCUAUAUAACUGAUGGCAGCUUUCUAUUUCUGUGUUAGAUUUUGUAAGACUUCCAAAGUAGUUGUGUCGGUCGCGUCGUGUCGUACGCAGUUUGCGCAAACUCUCACUAUUUACUGCAUAUAUAAGAACGUUAGCGCAUUUUUUACACACGAAUAGGAUUACUCUAAAACGCAUUUAUAGAUCGGCUUCUAGGAUUUUUUAAAGUAUUUAAAAUAUUUGUAUGUUUCGUUCGUGUGGGUGUGCGUGUAGUUUUUAUACGUAUGUGUGAACGGGCGCAAUAACGGGCUAUUUGUAACGCGAUCUCGCGAGUGAAACAGUGUAUUGGUCAAUAAAUAAACGUUUUUAAGUUCC